AUGAACAGAGCAAGAGCUAGUGGAGUGUAUACCUUACCAGAGGGUUUAGAUGUCCAAGCAAAGUUAGCAACCGUUAUGAGAAGGUUGGAUGAUUUGGAAGCCAAGGGAGUUCAAGAGGUGCAAAUAGUCAAUGAUGGGGUAACUCAACUGUGCUUGAUAUGUAAGUCUACGGAACAUGGUGUGCAAUCUUGUCCCACUCUACCUGCAGUGCAAGAUAUGUUUACAGAGCAAGCCAAUGCCUUAGGGACAUACAAGCAAUAUUCUAGCAAUUCUCCAUAUUCCAACACUUAUAAUCUGGGUUGGAGGAAUCAUCCAAAUCUAUCAUGGAAGGGAGGUAACAAUGGCCAGUUUCAACAGCAAGGAAACCAAUUUCAGGGUAAUCAGACUAAUGGGCAGCAAGGUUUUCAACCACAAGGUAUGUCAUCUCAGAAUUUUCAACAGCAACAUCAAACCUCAUCAUCUAACUCAAGCCUGGAAGACAUGAUGAGAGAGUUUAUACAGAAGCAAGACAAGCGUAAUGAAGAUCAAAAUAGGAUAAAUGCUCAAACAUCUCAAGAACUAGUAGAUAUUCGAACCACUUUGAGCCAACUUGCUGUAAGUUUAUCUCAAGAGAAAGGAAAAUUCCUAGCUCAACCACAGAAAAAUCCGAGAGGAGUAAAUGAAGUUUUUGAAGUGCAAAAGGAAGAUUGCAAUGCAGUUAUCACACUCAGAAAUGGGAAAGAAUAUGAAGGGCCCAAGUUACCUGUAAGUGAAGAUAUUCCUACUAGAGAUGAACCAACUGUGGAGAAAAAAUCUAUGCAGAGACACAAAGUGGGGAAUAAGACUUUAGAGAUUUUGGAAGUUUUGAAGCAAGUGAAGAUCAACAUUCCACUCCUUGAUAUGAUCAAGCAAGUUCCUACUUAUGCAAAGUUCCUCAAAGACUUAUGCACUGUGAAAAGAAGGAUUAAAUUAAGCAAGAAAGCAUUCCUCAUCGAGAAAGUCAAUGCCAUCAUUGAGAAUAAGGCAAUGGUGAAGUACAAAGAUCCAGCAAACCGUUCGAUUAAAGUACCCAGAGGAGUAGUCGAAGAUGUUUUGGUGCAAGUUGAAAAGUUCUACUACCCAGUGGACUUUGUGGUGUUAGAUACAGAACCAUUGAAAAAGGGUAUGAAUUAUGUUCCAAUUAUGCUUGGGAGAUCCUUCCUUGCUACAGCCAAUGCUCUUAUUAACUAUCGAAAUGGAUUGAUGCAGUUAUCUUUUGGGAACAUGAUAGUGGAAAUGAAUGUCUUCAAUUUAUGCAAGCAACCAAUGGACCAUGAUGAUGUGGAAAAUGAGGAAGCAUGCCUUAUAGAGGCCUUGGUGCAAGAACACACAUAA